AUGCAAAGUUCUCCCGCUAGGACAUUUCCUGCAGACAGAGAUCCAAUCAUGCAGAAGUCUAAGGAUAUGGGCUCUUCCAUCAUUCACAGCCAGCAGAUGCAUGCUGCGAUGGCGGACACUUUCAUUGAGCAUACGUGUCUGCUGGACAUCGACUCUGAACCUGCUGUGUCUCGCAACACUGGCAUCAUCUGCACAAUCGGACCUGCCUCCCGAUCUGUGAACAUGGCCAAGGAAAUGAUCAAAGCUGGGAUGAACAUUGCAAGAAUGAACUUCUCUCAUGGCACACAUGAAUACCAUGCUGAGACCAUCAAGAAUGUCCGUGAGGCAGCUGAGAGCUUCGGGCCUGGAUCUGUUGAGUACAGACCAGUGGCCAUCGCUCUGGACACAAAGGGACCAGAAAUCAGGACCGGACUUAUCGCGGGCAGUGGCACUGCUGAGGUUGAGCUCAAGAAGGGUGAAACCAUCAAGCUCACACUUGACAACCAGUACAUGGAGAAAUGUGAUGAGAAAGUUCUGUGGCUCGACUACAAGAACAUCACCAAGGUUGUGCAGAUUGGAAGCCACAUCUACGUUGAUGAUGGUCUGAUUUCCCUGAAGGUUAAAGAAGUUGGCAACGACUACCUGAUGUGUGAAAUUGAGAAUGGCGGUAUGCUGGGCAGCAAGAAGGGUGUCAACCUGCCCGGAGCUGCUGUUGACCUGCCUGCUCUGUCUGAGAAGGACAUUAGUGACCUGCAGUUUGGCGUGGAGCAGGGUGUCGACAUGGUCUUCGCCUCUUUCAUCCGCAAGGCUGCUGACGUUCAAGCUGUCAGGAAAGCACUGGGUGAGAAGGGCAAGGACAUCAAGAUCAUCAGCAAGCUGGAGAACCACGAGGGCGUGCGCAGAUUCGAUGAGAUCCUGGAGGCUAGCGACGGCAUCAUGGUUGCCCGUGGAGACUUGGGCAUUGAAAUCCCAACAGAGAAGGUCUUCAUCGCCCAGAAGAUGAUGACUGGCAGGUGCAUGAGGAUGGGCAAGCCCAUCACCUGUGCCACACAGAUGCUGGAGAGUAUGACCAAGAAACCCCGUCCCACACGCGCUGAGGCCAGCGAUGUCGCCAACGCCGUGCUGGACGGCAACGACUGCAUCAUGCUGAGUGGUGAGACCGCCAAGGGAGACUAUCCCCUGGAGGCUGUCCGCACACAACACAUGAUUGCCCGUGAAGCCGAGGCAGCUAUGUUCCACAGGCAGAUGUUCGAGGAGCUGCGUCGUACCUCUCAUCUGACCCGUGACCCCACAGAGACCGUCGCUAUUGGUGCCGUUGAGGCUUCCUUCAAGUGCUGCGCUAGCGCCAUCAUCGUGCUCACCAAGUCUGGCAGGUCUGCUCACAUGCUGUCAAAGUACAGGCCCCGUGCCCCAAUCAUCGCUGUGACCCGCUGCCCCCAGACCGCCCACCAGGCCCACCUGUACCGCGGUAUCUACCCCGUGCUCUACACCAAGCCCGCCAAUGAUGUCUGGGCUGAGGAUGUUGACCUGCGUGUGAACUUUGCCCUGGAAGUUGGCAAGCACCGCAAAUUCUUCAAGUCUGGUGAUGUUGCCCUUGUUGUGACCGGCUGGCGCCCUGGUUCUGGUUACACCAACACCAUGAGAGUUGUGCUGAUUCCUUGAACUUCAAUAAAAGGACAUUAGUAACAGCUUUCCCUCCCCUCUCCUGUAACCUGCCCACCCCCCUUGUGUUGGACUUUUCGUUUCUGUCAAAACCAGGCCGCACCUUCAAAGGACUUUUGAAGGUGUCGUUCACAGAUCUGAAUCCUGUCAUCCAUAAGUGUAAUUUAUUAUCAAAAUCCUGCUUCCAGAGUCUGAACUCAAACCUUUUAGCGGAAACUCGUCUGUCGUGUGCCGACUCAGUUUGCAUGGUGAGCAGAGAGAAAAUCGGUGUUCCUUCUGCAUGCACUGUAAGCUAAACCACAUAUUUUAUUAUUUCCUUGGAUUUUUGGUUCUUUAAUUAUCAAGGAAUGAACAUAAAUAUGUUCUGUUGUUGUUUUCUCCUGUGUUUCAUGCUGAGCUGACAGUUGGUACAAAGUGUCAUUGUGAUCUGAUAUGACCGGGUUUCUAUCCAUUAAAA